AUGCAAAAAUUAGCCAUCUUGACAUUGGUUCUUGCUCUUGCAGCUGCUAAGUUUGUAGAUACACAUGCAAGCUUGGCUUAAAUUGAUGCUAAUCCAUUUGGAAAUGUUGUGUUAUCAGCAAUCAAAGCACAUUUGUAAGCUUAAACACCAGCCAAUGAAGUUAAUAUGUUAUUGAACGGUGUUGCUGCUGGAUUAUAAUAAGAUUAAAAUGACCAUGACCAUGCUUUUGAACUUGAUACAACCACAAACAAUAGAGUAAGAAUAAGACACAAUAUAAUAGAUUGUUGAAGAUUUAGAAAAGGAAAUCUUGUAUCACUAAAAUCAAAUCUCAUCAAAUACANCGAGCAAGUGCUGCAGCUCUAACAUACAUCCAAUCUUAGUCAAUUGGUGA